AUGACCUACCCAGCCCCCGAGCGCAAGGGGCGGGUUGCAGCCGCCAGGUCAGGACGCGGGUGUCGGGAGCGGAUGCUACCCUGGGCCGAGCACGCGGCCUCGUUGACUGCAGCUGCAGCGCUGUCCUGCUCACCUUUUGAAAGAAAAUACAGCAGGGAGCCCCAGAGGGCCUGCCCAGGCAGCAAUGGAGCUAAAUCAAAGCCCCCGCCACUGAUAGCUGAAGAGGAUUCACACCUUGGGUAUUCUGAGUACAUGACAGGCAAGAAGUUUCCUGCUGGAGAGAUCCCUGGCCUUGACCUAUGGGAUCCCAAACAGCUUGGCGAAUUUGCUGCAAAGAAGCCCCCGGACAGUAAAGACUGGGGCACUCCAGAGACAUUCGACUGUUCUCACAGUGGAUGCACAAGGAAGCUGAGGGAUAAAACUGCCCUGCGGAAGCACCUGGUGGUGUACAGACUCCGAGACCAAGUCUGCGCAGAGUGCGGGCGAGCGUUCUCCGAGAGCUCCAAGCUCACCAGGCACUUCCUGGUGCACACCGGAGAGAGGCCCUUCCAGUGCACGUUCUCGGCCUGCGGGAAGCGCUUCUCCCUGGACUUCAACCUGCGCACGCACGUGCGCAUCCACACCGGGGAGAAGCGCUUCGCGGGUGCCUUCCAGGACUGCAACAAGAGGUUUGUGCAAUCCAACAACCUCAAAACCCACAUUAUAACCCAUGCGAAGAUGGAAAAGACUCACUGA